AUGUCCCUCGCUGUGCCACAUCCCCCUAACCGAUCCCGUGCAUCGUCUACAAACGUACGCCCUCCUCUGACCAUAGACACCCUCGGUCGCAGGCGCUCUUCGUCGUUGGUCCACCUGCGUCCCUCAACCCUGCCACAGCCAUCGCAUCCAGCUCCCCUCCAGCCCAACGACAUAUCGCCUCGCGUGCCCUCGCCCCAACCAUCUCCUUCCAUGCUCGCCGUUCUUGCUUCUCGAUGUCUUGACUUGCUCCACGUGCCCAAAAACCAUUCCGUCAUGUCAUCCGGUCCAUCUUCUCCUCAUUCGAUAUCAGACGAAGACUCCAUUCUUCCCAUCUCCGCAUCGUCUCAGCAGACCUCCUUUGGUGAUGUACAUAUUCCAAUACUUGUAGUCAUCCUCCUUUUCCCGCUUUCAACAGCACUUGUUCUGUUCUGUCUGUCCACUCUUCCAAUUUCCGUGUCGUGGCCGCACAACCUGCCAGAGCUUGCUCAGCUCGGAAGAGAGCUGCAUGCUUAUUCACGGAGUGGUUCUGGUCCUUUUGCGCACGUCAUAGGCGUCCUUUCAAUAACAGCUGUGUGGAAACAUGCUUGGUCCGUACCAGGAAGUGUCCUCUGGAAUGUAUUGGCUGGAGCUCUAUUUUCCCCAGCCCUUGCAACACUGCUGCUGACGGCCUUGACGACGAUUGGCUCACUUCUGGCUACACUGCUGUCAACGCCUCUUGCACCGUUCCUGACGCGCUUAUUGCCGCGUGCUCUGGAUAUGACGCGUAACGCGCUCGAAGGAGAGUCGAGCGUUAGCACCGGGGCCAAGUCCAAGUCAUCUGCGUGGGUGCGCCUCUCUGUGCUACGACUUAUAGGCGUAGUGCCCUGGUCGGGAAUUAACAUUGCUUGCGGUGUAUGCGGAGUGGCGAUAACGGACUGUAUGCUCGGUGCGUUCAUUGGGUGCCUUCCGUGGACAGCAGUGACCUGCCAGAUCGGGGACAUUCUGCAGACGGUGGCGUCGACGUCCUCGCCGGCACAGCAGUCGGUGUCGUCACUGCUGACAUCGCCUGAGAUCAUCGUCAAGCUCGUUCUGCUGUCGUUCCUGUCGCUUGCACCCAUUUUGGGAAGAGAGCGGCUGCGGGCGCUGAUCUCGUCGUCGGGGUCGCCCGAUUCGGACAGCGGGGUGCCGCAUCGGGAAGGAGUGGCGCAGUGGGUGCAGGAGUGGCGAUCGAAGAUGCGUCUGCCACGGUCUCGAUCACGCACGCGCGAGGAUGAUCAGAAGGAACUGGAGACUCUUGUGCAGGAGAAGCAGGGUCUUGCAUGAAUUCAUUCCAGGCUCUAUCUCACGACGUACUGGAUCUAUUUAUUAACGACGCGGCACUUUGCGCAUUCGCAGCCGUGGUCUCCUCACUGACGACAUCCGCGGAGAGACGUGGAUUCUGCUCGAACAUCAAGAUACCCUUCUCACUCCAUUCACACUUGCAUACUCUCUUCGACUGACGCAUCCCUCCAUUCCUCAUACAUCCAUCAUCUGACGCCAUCUUAUGACCCUGUUUUCUGUACGCUCAUUUAUCGACGAUCGCUCUUUUACUCGAGUGGGUUAGUACAUACGAGUCCUUCCAUCUAUACAUAGAUCUAUUAUUUCGACACAUCUCCUCUUCCUCCUUCUUAUUCAACGUUAUAUCGUCCAAUUGCACUCCUGCAUCGAUCUCCCAUCUUUCUUUAAUGCUUUCGGUGCGGUCUUAGGGGCGUAGAAGGAGGCUUUUACAUGUUGAUAGAGUCCAGCUGCCUCUACCAUAUAUGCAUAUAUAUAUUUCUGUUUUGUCUUUCAUUUCUGGGUAGUGGGCUGUAAUCUUGAUUUCGGUUAUCUGCAAUGUGAUUCAAUCUGGGAACCUUGCCCAAAUCUCUUGUGCUUUCACCACUACUACACUUGCCCAGAAUGGAAACUCGGUAAAGUGCGUGUUUGCUUUG